GAAGAAACAAUCUGCGCAACUUUAAUCGAUCAUUCAUACCGGAUUGCCUCAGAUGGGGUAGCGGAAUCGUCAAUCGAUUGCAAUUGGCUUAGGUGGCGGGACAUUUUUUGCCGUUUGUGUCCUGGUGCAAACAUAUGUUCCAUUAGUGAUUGGUUUUUAUUGAAUGUUGCAUUGUGGAAUGGAAAAGUUAUUAGCCGUAAAUUGGAAUGCAUGGCCAUUGAAUACUGCUCGUGUGCCUUCCGAAAAGAAAGGGGCUCAGUUGCAGGCGGGCUUUUGAAGUGAACGGAUCGCUCAGUGUUGGUAACUAUGGAGCAGAAAAGUUGUGAAGUCAAGGAGUACAAUCCUUUUGAGCACCGAAAGAUUGAAAAACCGAAUUCAACAAUCGGUACUUUGAUUCAUCUGGUGAAAGGAACAUUGGGCACUGGAAUACUGUCCAUGCCAUUGGCCUUCCGCAAUGGAGGGUUUGCGUUCGGUAUCAUUGGAACAGUCGUUUGCGGGGUCAUUUAUGCCCAUUGCGUUUUUCUAUUGGUUAGCACGUCACGGAAAGCCUGUCGUCGAAGUCACGUGCCAAUGCUAGGAUAUACAGAAACAGUUGAAAAUGUGUUCAUUCAUGGACCCCGUGGCGCCAAAAAAUAUACGGUCUUUGCGAGACGAUGCACUGAUAUUCAGCUCCUAUUGAACAGCUACCUACUCAUAUGUGUUUAUUUGGUCUUCAUCGGGAACACAUUACGAGAUAUUGUCAACCAUGACUACCAACUAGAAUGGGAUACUCGAGUGUUCAUCUUUUUAGCGGCUGUCCCACUUAUCUUCACUACACAAAUACGGGAAUUAAAAUAUCUUGUUCCAUUCUCAGCAAUAGCCAACGCAAUGAUAAUAACAGCAAUUGGCAUUACCAUGUUCUAUAUUUUGAAGGAACCCAUCUCAUUGGAGAAAAGGAAUAUGUGGCCCGCUUGGAACACCUUACCGGCAUUCAUUGGAACCGUCAUGUACGCUCUCUUGGGAAUCGAAUAUGUUCUCCCGAAUGAGAACAAGAUGAAGCGUCCGGAGCACAUGCUCGGAAACUGUGGUGUGGUGAACGUGGCCGUUUGCUUCAUAACCGCCCUCUACACGGUAGUUGGAGCUCUGGGCUAUGCGCAGUACGGCGAGCACACAAAAGGUUCCGUGACACUGAACCUCCCAGCAAAUGAAGCACUGGCCAAAUCAACGCAGCUGCUAACGAUUACGGCGAUCAUCCUGUCCACCGGGUUGAUCAACUACGUCCCGACCGACAUCGUUUGGCGGAAGAUUCAGCACAAAAUCGAACCGAAGCGUCGCAACUUUGCGCAGAUUGCAUUCCGGUUCGGAAUGUUGGUCCUGUUGACGGCUAUCGCCGUUGGUGUUCCGGAACUGGAGCCGUUUGUGGGACUGACUGGUUCUAUCAGUGGUGGGUCGCUGGUGGUCAUCAUUCCGGCUGUCAUAGAUACCGUUUUUCGAUGGCCGAACGACUUCGGCGAGAUGAACUGGAUGCUGCUGAAGAAUGUGGUUAUUUUGAUUUUCGGAGUGUUAGUUUUAGGCAUUGGAACGUACUUCAGUGUUGUGGACAUUAUAGAAAUUUACAAAUAACAAUAAAAGAAGAAAGUUUUUUAAA